CAAACCCUAGUAAUGACGUGUUAUGUCUAGCUGGAUUUCCAGCAUGCCAUAUGCUGAAGUGGACUGCCAACGUGGCAUGCCUGGUCUUUGCCUAUAUAAAGCUUGCUGGUCUGUUGUUUAAAGUCGGUGGACUAUAAUAAAGUUUGCAAGAUACAUAGCAAGUAUGUGGGAAUCCAUGUCAAGCAACAAUAAUUAUGGAAGCAUGUGGGAAUUCAGCUCCUCCAGUACAAGUUUAUGGGAUUUAGAGAGCUCUGAGUGCUUCAGCAAUGGUGUGGAUUCUGAGAUUUCCACUUGCACAACAUCCCCUGCUCUUGCUAGAUGCCUUUCCCAGGAGUUGAACUCGUUACCUCUGAAUGAGAAUGACCAUGAGGACAUGGUUUUGUUUGGGGUUCUUAAGGAAGCUAUCAACAUAGGCUGGGAACCCACAAGGAUUACAGAGGACAAGAUUGAAGAGAAAAGUAGCCCCAAAAAGGAGCAGAAGAAACCCACUAAAGCAAUUAUGGAGAAGCAUUACAGAGGUGUGAGGAGGAGGCCAUGGGGGAAAUAUGCUGCAGAGAUCAGAGACUCAAAUAGGCAUGGUGUCAGAGUAUGGCUUGGAACUUUUGACACUGCAGAAGAAGCAGCCAUGGCUUAUGACCAAGCUGCCUUUACUAUGAGAGGCUCUCAGGCCAUUCUCAAUUUCCCUGUAGAUGUUGUGUGUAAGUCCUUGAGAGAACUCAAUAAUGCUAAUAGCAAUACCUCCUCUGAUUCCAUAUCUCCCACCACUACCCAACUCUCAUCUUCUUCUGAUGAAUCCCAUUCCAGUGCCACCUCAUCCACAUUUCAGAGUCCCCUAGUUAGGAGGCCAUACAAAAGAAGAAGGGCACCAUCUGCCAAGGAUCACAGUAGCAAACCCAAAAAGCCUAGUCUUAAUGAGUCCUGCCACACUGCAUCAAGCAGUAAGACUGGAACAGUGUGCAAUGAAAGACAAGAAGCAGCAGCAGUGUUAGAGUUUGAGGAUCUGGGUGUUGAGUUCUUGGAGGAGCUGCUGCUCUCCACACAACCUGCAACUUCUUUUGAUGUGGAUGUUUCCAUGUUUUAGGAAUGGCAGUAAUAAGUCCAUCAUGUUUAUGUGAAUUUACCUUUUGCAAUCUCAAUUUGCAGCACAAGAAACCCACCUGGUGUGUACUGAUGUUCAGAAAUAGAAUUCAGUACAGCUGCUUUUGGAUGUAGUUGAUGGACAUCUUGUACAUUAAAUAAUUGAGCAGAAUUUCAUUUGCUCUUUAACAUGUUUCAAUUCUAUUCAAGAACAGUCUUGGCUUGA